UUAAAUUUAAUUACGAAGUUAUAUUAACACCAGAUCGUCAGUGGGGUAGAAAAAACAAUAACAGUUGGAGCGGAAUGAUAGGAAUGGUGCAUCAGCAGAAAGCAGAUGUUGCAAUGACUGAUCUUAGCAUUACAGCUGAAAGAGAACAGGAUAUAGAUUUUACUUAUCCUUAUUUUUUUGAUCCUGUUUGUUUCGUUGUGAAAUAUCCUAAAGAAGUAUCUACAUCGAUAGUUCUUUUGCAACCUCUUAAAUUUGAAGUUUAUCUAGCUUCAGUUUUCACUAUAAUAGUUAUGUCUAUUGCUAUAUACUUCGUCAGUUUAUACGAAUCACCUUUAAGAGGAUGGUCUUUGCUUGAUGCCAUAUGGUAUCUUUAUGGGGCAAUGAGUUUUCAAGGAGGCACGCUAUUUAUUCCAUAUUCUGACAGAAUAAGAAUUAUGGUAGCUUCGUGGUGGAUAUGUUGCAUGAUUGUCAUGACUGGUUACAGUGGAACACUAAUAUCUUAUCUUAAUGUUCCACUAAUUAGAGAUGGUAUUGACACUGUUAAAGAAUUAUUAAAUGCUGUUGAAAAUGGAGAAAUUAAAGCUGGAACCAUUGAUGGAACAUCCAUUCUUAAUAAUAUUUUGAUGGCUACUAAAGAGAAAAAGGAAUUUUAUAUUCUGGGAAAGUAUAUAUCAAUUGAUCCAGAAGGUACAAUAACUAAAAACGUGGAAGAAGGUAUGAAACGAGUGUAUAUUCAUCAAUACGCUUUGAUAUUUCCAAGAGGACCAUUAGAACCCAUUGCUGCAAGAAUGGAAGACCAGUUCUUGUUCUCUGAAGAUCAUUUGUUUGUUACCUGCUAUGCUAUCGCCAUGCCAAAAGGUUCUCCAUUGAAGAAAAUCUUCAGAUUACCGAUUCUUCGAAUUAUGGCGGGCGGUUUAAUACAAAAAUGGAACGAAGACUUAAUUAAUGCGAAACGAAUCCUGGAAUACAAAAGCACCGUUAAUAACGAUCGUCGAAUGGAAGCCAUGACAUUAGAAGAUUUGAGGGGUGCUUUGGCUCUUUUAGGAAUUGGAUUAUUAAUUUCUUUUAUUAUAUUCUUAAUAGAGAUAUUUAUGAAUCGCCUGUGCAAUAAUUCUAGAUUUCAGAAUUCUUUCUAAAUCAAAAACUAAAUAUUUUAGAUCUUGGUUAAAUACAUUAUUAAGUAGUCUUGCAUGUAUGUGUAGUGACCAUUACAUAAAAUACACUUUUAUUUAAAAAUCAACUUUAAUUUUCCUAUAUUUUAAAUGUUGCCCUAUUGUAUUGUUAACUACUGUAUUAAGAAAGAAGCACACAAUAAAAUAUUACAUGUUAUUUCAAAACAUCAUGCCGAGAAGGGGAUUCAUGACCCUUACCUGACUGGAAAAGGGGGGGUAUUGAGAACCCGUUUUAAGAUAUAACCGUUCUAAUGCUUUAUUAAUGUUUAUUGAUAAAGGAUAAAGUUUUAUAGCUGUAAAUUCUUUAAUUGUUUGUAUACAAUCAAUACCGCCUAUUGAAAGUCAAUUAGUAUUGCAUAAUUGUAAAACCCAAUUAGUAUGGAGUGAAGAUAAAGAAACGAAAUUUGGCAAGGUACCAAAGAGCAGUGAAUCUUUCUUUGAAUAAAGAUUGACAAGGAGAAGAAACAGCUGACUAACCAUCGAUUUUGAUACGCCUGCAUAUGAUGAAACCAUAUUGAAAACAAGUAAAUACUAUGAGGGAAAUGUGCACAAUACAUCCAAUUCUAUUUACUUAUCUUGUGGAUCUCUCCUGUACAAAGAACAAAGGGAACGUACGGAAUGAACAACCUUAAUUAAUUGACCGAAAACGUUAGAUGCUAUAAUAAAAUAGACUGCAUUUUAAUGGUGUGUGUAAGGUUUAUUUAUUUAUUCCUAAGUGCAGUUAGAGCAGAUUGUAAUGUUAAAUUGUUCAAUUUAAGGCUUUUUGUGCAAGAGAAAAUGUACUUAAUCUCUUAUAAAGUAACACUCUUCGUGGUAAAAGUUGCUGAAAGGUCAAGAAAAUCUCUUAAAAUUUGUAUUUUAGCAUACAAUUUAUUUAACCUCACCAGUUUUAUAGUAAAAAAAAUAGAAAGGAUGUUUGAGUAUAAUCAUAUUUCACUAUUUUAUAUUGAAAAUAAUAAUGUUUAUUUAGAAUACAGUA